GCAAGAACACAACCUCUAAAGAAUCGGACUUCUCUUUUUUAGCCUACUUCUUCUUCUGUGUUUUUUCCUCUCCAUGGCGGGCUCCCCCACCCCUCCUACCGACCCCCUCUUCCACUCUGACCCUCCAUACGGCGCUCCUAACCUAGCCGCCUCCCACCGUCUCCCUACUUCCCGCUUUUCCGGCGGAGCGUUCCCGAGCGGCAGAGUCUCGCUCACGGUGAACGGGACGAGCGGCAGCGGCGCGGUAGCCCCUCACACGGAGUGUAAGAUGGUGGAGGUCCACGGCGUGAAGGUGGCGUCGUUCACGGUGAACAGCGUGGAGCUCAUCUGUCUGCCUCAGGUGUUCGAGCUGUUCCUGAAACACCUGGUGGGAGGGCUCCACACCGUGUACACCAAGCUGAAGCGGCUCCACAUCCACCCGGUGGUCUGCACCGUGGAGCAGGUGCGCGUGCUGCGGGGACUCGGAGCGAUCCAACCGGGAGUGAACCGGUGCAAGCUGAUCACCAGAGCCGACUUCGACACGCUGUACCGGGACUGCACGAACGCCAGUUCUCGACCGGGCCGUCCCCCAAAGAGGACAUUGGGUGUGACAACAAUGACUGAUGGCUCCAGACUCCUCCCACAUGGUCUGAUAAGCCCCGCCCUGCUGUCACAAACAGGUUUGACAGCAGCAGCUAUGGCAGAGGCUCUAAAGCUGCAGAAGAUGAGGCUGAUGAUGGGUUUCCAUGGCAACAGUGAUCAGCAGCGAAAUCACAAUGGGGCGGAGUCAGAGAAUGAUGAUGAACGAGGCAGUGAAGCAUCAUGGGAGAAGGAGCAGCACCUCCUCUCUUCAUCUCCAUCCUCAGUGGCCCCGCCUCUACAGCAACACGGUGCGCUAUUGGCCAACCGUCUCUCGGAUCUUCCAUUUAUGGUCAUGUCCCAUCCCCUCCUCCCUGUGGGCCUGCCUCCUGCGAGUGUUGCCAUGGCGAUGAGCCAGAUGAGUCAGCUGAGUGGUUUGGCAAACAUGGCCGCCGUGUCCCAGAUUCAGAGAGAAGACACCAAACUGACUGACACACCCCCAGGAAGCCCCUCCCCUUGCUCCUCCCCCAGUGAUGAUGAGUUUCACCAUGAGGAAGCAACGAGCCAAUCACCUUCCAGGGCGUCUUCAUCAUCAUCAUCAUCAUCCCCGCCUCCUGCAGAGAUCCCACCUGAGCAAGACGGUGAUUGUUUGGAGAGCGGUGGGAAGACGGCGUUGAAAAAUAAAGAUGGCGCUCUGUUGCCCCUCCCCCUCAUUAAAUCGGCCUAUGAGAAGCUGCCACUCACCUCUCAGUCGUUGUCUAUUAACCAUGCAAACUCCGCCCUCGCUCCGUUCCUAUUGGCUGAGGGUCUGUCGUCAAUGGAGACACUGCUGACCAACAUACAGGGUCUCCUGAAGGUGGCGGUGCAGAGCGUUCGCUCUCAUGAAAAACAGAACCAGACAGAGAGGAAGGAGUUAAAACUGGAGCUGGAGAGAGAGAGGGGCGUUCGACAGACACUGCAGAGACAACUGAGUUGUGAGCUGCACACACGAGCGUCGAUCCAGAGGAGACUGAAGAAGGAGAAGAAGGCAAAGAGAAAACUACAGGAGGCGCUAGACUUUGAGUCCAGGAGGAGAGAGGAGGUGGAGAGAGCGCUCAAACACUCUGAGCCAAUCACAGAAGCUGUGAUUCCUGAGAGUGAGACGGAGGACAGACGGGAAACCUGUGGAGGUAACACUGAUCUCAGUCUGAGGUUUAGAUAG